GCUGGCAAAGGAAGAAGAUGUCAGAGAAUCCGCGCAUGCCCACCGGAAGGGUAGAUUCAGAAGCAUGGGCCUCUUCGAUAAUUGCGAAUGCAUCUGUUUUGUUCCAAAAAAGCAUACCGGUUUGCUGCAAAGGUCCAGGGCAGACGCCAGAAAAAGUCGAGGAGCUUUCUUUUCGAAUUUUGCUGGGUUUCGACAGGGAGCGACAGACUAAGGCGAGCAAUUCUGAUUUUUCAAGUCGCGCGCAGGUCUUGUGCGUUCAAGUGUCAAGUGAAACAGACCCGUUCUUUUUCCACCACCUCGAAGUUUCCGAGGAAGAGUUCCAGGCUCUCAAAACGGAACAAUCUAUCCUCGUUGACUUCGUACGUUUCCCCCAAAAAUUCAUCGAGUUGCUCGAAGCAUGUAUGCAACGUCGCGAUGAUGUCCGUCCAAAAUUUCUUGCCAUCAUGCGAGUGGGCGAAUCUUUUGCGCCUGAUUUUUCAAACCUUGGAAUAGUAGAGACCAACGACUUCAAACAUUUGUCUCACAUCUCGUUGAGACUUAAACAGGGCAGUGACGCAGCAAUAAAACACUACCUUGCCGCGCGUGUAAUGGAAUUACGAUGCGAUCGCGGAAAAAUGAUUCAACGUAAUGAGAACAACGCUGCGCAACUAAAAUAUUUAAGCCGCAAACUGGAAGACAGCGCGGCGGAGGUAUCCCUGCAGAGGCAGAUGUUUCAAAAAUCUGAAGAAGCCAUGCAGUCACGGCUUGACGAACUCUCGGUCAAUCUGAAGACAGCGGCCAUGAAAGAGUUAGAGAACACAAGAAAGAAAUUAGAGAGCGAGCGGAAAACCUCAGAAGCAGCUAUGCGUUCGGCCAUUGAAUCACUCACCAGCCGCAACUGCGAGCUAGAUAAUCAGGUUCGAGAUUUGAUGGAAACAAAGUUUAAAUUGGAUAGUAGGCUAUCAGAUGUCGUUUCUCGCCUACAUAUGGCAGAAAACGAGUUGAAGACCAGCAGUGGCAUGUCACCUGAAAUGAAAAUCAAUAUUGUUCUUUACAAAACGGAUCGACAUGAGCGAGCCAAGAACACUGCGCAGCAUGAUUUACGCGUAGAGUGGCUUGAGCAGCAAAUCAAGGACAAGGAAGAUCUCAUCGCCUCGAUGAAUGGAAGACUGCGCAGUGCAGAGUCGCGCGAGUCUUCCACGGAAAGUGCCCUCGAGGACGCUCGCGCGACGGCAGCACGUGCCGAAGACCGAGUAUCGGCAAGUGCUGGUGAAAUUCGUAAAGGUAAUCAAAUAAUUGAACGACUUCAGGCAGAACUAAGAUCGGCAAAGGCAAAAGCACGGCUCAAAGCGGCAAUCAUCGCACAGCAAGAAAAACUGCUCAAUGAACGUCAAGAUGUCCUUGAUAAGAGUGCACGUAAGCUUUCUGACCUUAAUCGGGCAGCAGAAACUUCAAGCUCCGAAGUUAAUCGUCUUCGAAAAAUAGUCGAUGAUCAAAGACUCAAACUGGAGGAAAGCCAGACGCUGUUGGCCAGCAAUCAGCAGAUGAUCCAAUGGCUUAACAGUCAAGUGAAUGAUGCACAACUUGGGCGGCUAAGGCUGAGGUCAGCAAGUGCUUUCGGACCAUCUACACCGGCGCGUCCGUAGGUCACUGGAAUGUCCAUUUUCCUGUAGUUCUGAAGAUUGCACCCGGCCGAACUAAGUAGUGGUAGUUUCGACCGAGAAAGGCAAUAGACAAAAGCUCACAGCUUGAGCACCACCCAGAAUGACGAAAGUGGUUAACCGUUGACAGUUUCGUUGAUCCGUGUUUUGAAUAGCUGGCAUGCAAGAGAUGACCGAUGCAACAGUAGUGCCACUGGCGGGUGGGGCUCGGCAUUUUUGGUGGACGGAACUGAUACGAUGAAUGAUUUAACAACUACGAGGGUAAUAUUUUGGAUCACGGGUCCCGUUUCCGUGUGACCUGCGGGAUCAUUCUUACCGCCGUGGAUACUUACAUCAAGAAAAGUCCCUGGAAGAUUUGGCAAAGCACCGGGAACUUUUAUUCCCACAGCGGCGGGCUGAACGAAUUGCACAAAAGAAGAAGAUGACGGAGUUAGCCGUUUCAGCAGACAUAUUUAUGGGCGCACAUGGGCGCGUUUGGCGCCAUCAGUUGCUGAUUAUGUGAUGUACAUAGGAUAUGAAAGUCGAUGUCAACCCGCUCGUGCCCGAGGGCUGCCAACCUUGGUGCAAACUCGACUUGGAUACAUUGAUAGUUUCAUGAUAAGCUGUCAAGGUUCCAAAGUUUCAAUCUCAAUCGCUUUUUUUCCCGCGGGCUUUUCUCACACAGUAGCAUCACAAUUAGCUACCUUCGUACUAGCCAGUUCAUGCUCUGAAAAAGACAAUUCCCCUGCACUG